CGCCGAGUCGCCGACUUUUCCAAACACACAUGUGCAAAAGUAGUUAAAAUUAUGGCGGGAUCGCGUGAUUUAGUGAAAAUAAUUGCAUGUACGUUAUGUGUUGUCCAAUUUUUUACGCUCACCGUUGCCGACGGACAUCGGCUGAAUGUCCCGAGAGUUUUGAUACCAGUUUUCCACGAUUUUCCUGUCAACUUUACGCUCGAAGUCACGGAGGGUGGUUGUUACCAAUGGUCGACAUCUCGCUCUGAUAUUGUGCGUUUGAUUCCAAUAAACGAGAAUUACGAUCGCAUGUGCUCAUCGGCCGUCGUCGUUCAAACUACGACCAGAGAACUAACAAGAAAUACAGCAAUCGUUUUAGCAGAAGAUAUCAGCAGUGGGCAUUUUUUAAGAUGCGACGUUAUAGUCGAUGCUAUUUUUUCUCUAAAUAUGGUAACAACGACGAGGGAAUUAUUUAUCGAAGAGGCUCCAGAAGCUUUUGAAGUGCGAGCCUACGACGAGCAAGGAAACGAGUUUACAACCCUCGCUGGUAUAGAAUUUUCUUGGGCCGUGGGAAAUUCAGACAAAAGGGGUCCACAACCGGAUGAUAAUUUGCCCAACAACGUUUUGAGAUUCAUGACUUUUCAGGAAUCUCCCUACGAAACCCCACAUACUGUCGAAAUGUUGGACACGAUUGGGAAAAGGGGAAAUAUUGUUCUUUUGGAAGGAGUUAAAACCGGAGCCGCAAAGGUUUCUGUGAGAUUGCUCAACUCGGAAUACAAAAACGUGGCCCCAGUAGAAGUUGAAUUAGUCGUGAUAGCCAAUCUUAUAAUCAUUCCAUCCGACGUUACAAUGAUGGUAUACGACUGUUUCACCUACAAAAUAAUGCAGGUUCAUCAAGGUCGUCUGGAAGAAAUACAUCUGCCAUCUAGUCAGUACUAUCUCGAAGCCGAGAACACCAACAUUAUAAAGAUCAACAACGAUCGUGGAAGUGUCUACUCCCUAGCCAGAGGAAGGACCAAGGUCUCUCUGCACGAUAAAAAUGUCCACGAGGAGUACGGAGUGAUACUUCCGUCCGCAUCAGUCAGCAUAAGCGACGUAGCUUACAUAACUCUGACAGUUCUUCCGCACCGAAGCUGGGCCCUCAUUCUCGGCCACACUCACGAGAUCGUUGUUGACCUCUACGACAGUCGAGAUCACAAAUUCUACAUUGGCGAAGGUGCCGAAGUCACCAUGGAAAUAGAAGAUCAAUAUUUCGAGAAGAAGUUGACAACGCGGAAUGGAACACACGUGGUCGUCGUGCCAAUUCAAACCGGAACGACGACCGUCAAGGCAACUCUGCACGGAGUGAUUGACCAGAAUGGACAGAAAAUUGCCCAGUCGCCGGAACUGACAACUAGAGUCGAACUCACGAUUCAUGCGCCGGUUAUUGUCCAUCCGCAGUCACUCGCUCUACCCUGGGACCCGAAAAGCAAAACGCGAUCCGAUGUCGCUCUAAAAGCAAGCGGCGGUGAUGGAUCUUUUGUUUGGAAUAGUCGGCAGCCAUCAGUGGCGACAGUUUCACAAAGUGGAGUCAUAAAAGCCCUGCAGAAAGGAUCGGCCGACGUGACUGUCUCGAUGGCUCGCAAUCCCUACAAUCGGGACACUUCCAGGGUGUAUAUUCUAGCUCCGACGAAACUCGAAAUCAUUCAGUACAAUAUGGAGGCGGCGAUUGGAGAAGCAAUUUUUCUGCACAUUGCCCUCUACGGUGAAUUGAUGGAUGGAUCCGAAGUUCGUGAUAUUCCGUUCAAUGAUUGCAAAGACAUGCCGUUUGAGAUGUACAUACCGGAUGGAAAUUUUGUUCAGAACGAGAGCGAAAUUGCCCAACCGGUUGGGAUUGCCUGUGCAGCUUUGGCAGUCGUUAGUCUCAGCACUGGAACUUGUACGAUAACUGUGACUUACAACGCGAAUGGCCAUUAUCUCAUGGACAAUAUUACAGUGUCAGCAUACGAUCCUUUGAUUGUUGUUCAUCCGCCGAGUGGAGAAACGGUUCUUGCAGUUGGUUCUUCCCGACGGGUUAUUUUCAAAGGUGGACCACAUCCCUGGUCGGGUAAACUUCAGGGCUAUCGCCGUGAGAUGAGUAUUUCGGAGGAAGACAAUGUAGAAGUUAGUGAAGACGAGCAGGGUAUUGACUCGGACAUUUCCAUCUUUCAAGUUGUUUGCAAGCAGCUUGGCACGAGUAUUUUGACAUUUACUGUCUCGAAUAUUCCCCUAUUACCGACUUGCAAGAAAACAGACGCGGUGGCGAAAAUUCGGGUUAUUUGCGCAAAGCCGAGGUACAUUUUCCUGCAGCCUGAGUUCAAAGACAGUGAAAAUUGUCCGAUUAAACAGAAUGCUGACAAGAUCAUGGCCCACAGUAACGAGAUUUUGCAACUUUUGGUUCUGGUGAAGGAUGAGGAUGGAAAAAAGUUUGACAAUAUUACGAGUCUGAAUGUCGAGUGGAGUUUGAAGCCACAAGUCGGUGGUGAAAUUGAAGUUCCAGUUGGAACGAUCGAAGAACCCUUCGAGGACUUUUACGUCAGUCUGCCCGGCAAUCACUAUCAGCGAAUUGUGCCAAAAUCAUUUUCCGAUUCGUUGGUUCUCAAGGCGAAAGUCACGGGAUAUCAGAAGAGUGUCCUCUCGCAAUUGAGAAUAACACCAGAGUGGCCGGCAUUUCCGGUGGAGAACGAGCGAGGUACUUUAGCGACGCCUGUGAUCGAGGCCUCAUUUAAUAUCAUUCUUGUGAAUGACACGAUUAUCACGCCAAACGAGUUGAAAGUUUUGAACGACCCGAGUAGCAAGUAUUUCCUGCAAGUCAGCCAGGGAUCUGGAUUUUACGAAUUUGUUCUGAAUGCCGAAGAUAUCGCGGAUGUGCGUUAUGUCGAGCCGUCGCGAACUAUCAGUGUUGUGCCGAGGCGAUCGGGAACUUUGAGAAUUGCCCUGAUUGAUCUCUGCCUUGUUUCGGCGCCGGCUGAGGUUGUCAUUCAAGUGCAGCAACUUGCGAGUCUUGAUGUCGAGACGGUGAAUAAAGUUGAGAAGGACAAGUGGAUUGCUGCGGCUUUGAAGAUGUACGACACAAAUGGAUAUCUGAUGAUGCUUCCGUUUUUGGAAGCGCUAGAAAUUGCGGCCGAGCUCGAGAAUGGAUUUAUUGAGGUGAAACGAGCGCCUGCGAGUGAACACGAGGGACCUCCCUACGAUGAGAUAUUGUACAUGAUACAUGGUCUUGAGGAAGGUGAGACACAGGUGGUGUUCAGUCAUGGGAAUGGCGAUGAGGAAAUUCGCAGUGAGCCAAUUCUCAUUCAAGUUUUUCCGCCUCUAAAACUCAAUCCGAAGAAUUUGACAACUCUGAUUGGAACGGUUUAUCAAGUGACAGUCACUGGAGGACCAAAAGACGCGGAAAUUGAAUUCUCGACUGGAAGUCAUGACAUUUGCAGCAUCGAUCGCAGUGGUAUCAUCGAGGGAAAAAUGAUUGGGCAAACGAGAAUAAUUGCACGAGCGAUUGGAUUUAACGCGAAGGGAAAUAAAAUUGUUUACUCGCAGGAUCACACCGAUGUCCAUGUGACGAUUCUCGAAGGAGUGAAAAUUGUCGUUCCAACAACGAGGAUUAAAGUGGGUGCUAGAGUUCCUCUCUGGGCUUUUGGAAUUCCGGAUAAUCUCACGCCUCUCAUCAUUGGCUCGAUGAAAUCGCCUCUUUCCUUCACGUGGAUGACGAGCGAUCCGUCCUUGUUGAGACUUCACAAUAUGUACGAGGGCACGGGAAUUAAUAUUCGAUAUCAGAAUGAAGUUUCUCUGCGGGCGAAAGCUGUGGAAGCCGGAUUAGCAACAGUUUACUUGAAUGUCACGGUACCUUGUAAUAUUCUGACUGGAUGCAAAGCUGAUCGAGUUUAUAAUGCUUUUGUCAAGAUUGAGAUUUUCGAGGAGUUGAAACUUGUUUACGAGGAUGCUGAGAGUGGAGCGAGUGUGAUAUUGAUGGCACCGAAUUCGGCUUUUAAACUGCAAACUAAUCGGGACAAGUACGGAGUGACGUCCUUUAAAAUUAUAUCGAGCGGUGCUCAUGGACACGAGUCGGAUGAUCCGAAUGCUUUGACCCAGGCUACGAAAAUGGUGACGGUUGAUAAGAAUGGUGUCGUGAAGUCUGGCGAGAUUUUGGGCAGAACGGUCAUUUCGAUCACGAAUGUGGAGGCAUACAGUUUGAAACAUAUCCUGACCGUUAUCAUCGAAGUGAAACCCAUUCAUUACAUGAUGUUCUCACUCAAGUCUGACAUUCGCAUCAGAUCAGGAGAGGAAUUGAACAUGUUACCAAAAGGAAUGGAACUGAAUUACGUGGUUGAAUAUUUCGAUAAUGUGGGUAACAAGUUUCAUGCAGUUGGAACGGGAUUCAAAACUCUGGUGAAUCGCGGUGAUUUGGUUUCCUUGGUUUGCGGAACAGACAAUGUGAUAUCGGCCAAGUUUAUUGAGAACGGAAAAUCGAUUGUUAAAAUUUACAAUGAGAAAUAUCCCAAUGGAAUGUUUGAUUAUGUCCACAUCAUGAUUGGAGAUGUACUUUUUCCAACAAAGGCAACCUUGAGUGUUGGUGACGUGGUUUGUUUUUCGAUGCCUCUCUUGUCGCCCGAUGGCGAUCCCGGUUUCUGGCAGUCUUCAGCACCGGAAAUUAUGGCUGUUGAUUCUGUUUUGGGAAUUGGACGAGCUCGUAAUCCAGGAUAUACUCUCAUCAAACAUAGUCUCACGACUCAUCUCCAGGGCGAAAUUGAAGUUAACGUUAAUCCAAUUGCCAAGAUAUCGCUUCUGCCACUGAGAGGAAAAAACAUAACCGGACUGGAAGUAUUUAGCGUGCCUCUUGUACUGAAAGGCAAGGACGAAAGAAUAAAAGAAAACAACGUUCUUUCUCGUGGAUUAGGCGGCUGUCGCACUCACUCUUCAUUCUUUUUGACGUCGUAUCCCUUCUCGUGUACGAUACAAUUUAUUCCAUCGAAUUUUCAUGUUGGCGUGAAGGAUCUUUUCAUUGCCAAACCUCGAUUCGAUAUUGUAACUGGGUUUUAUUACUGCGAUGUCAUUCCUACGGGGUCGCCAAAUUUGAUUUCUAGCACGAUUGAAACUCGUCUUCAAAUAAAUGCAGUCAGUCGCGACAUUGAGGGCAAUCAUGUGGAAGUUGCGUACCUUCCACCAGUUUACAUCGGCAUCAAAGAAGUCGUUUUCAUGAAUUUACCAUCGUCUGCGAUGCCGACCGCUUAUCUGGAAGUUUAUGGUUUACCACAAGUCUUGGAACAUUUAACGAUCGAUACUCCUGACGAGGUUACGAUUAGUGCACAGAAAUUUAUUUCCAAGAACCUCUUUCAAUAUAAAUUGUGCAUCAUGCAACACCAGGACGAUAUUCAGGGACAAAAGAUCAUUGUGAGCAAUGAACUGACAAAGCAAAAUAUUUCUCUCUUCAUUCGAUUGCCGAGGUACGAACAAUUUGCACACAUAUCCGGAAUUCAUUGGCUUGAUUAUGUAUAUUUUCAUCGAUACACGUGUGGCAUCUUGAUUGUUUUGUUCAUCACCUUUUUCCAUUUUUGGAAAAACAAAAUAACAAACGUUGAGCUGAACGUUAGGAACAAGCAUAUUUUUGUCGAAAAAUGCCCGCCGCCUUUGAGAAAAUCGGCAAGUCCUUGUUCGCCGACGAUAAACAAUUCUUCGAGCGCAUCGAGUCCACGAUCUCCAUCUUCACCCCUGAGGCCAUUUUCGGCCUUUGAGCCCGUUUACGGUGAUCCCCGAGGUUUCUUCACACCAAGAAGAAAUCGAACUUUGCACACACCAUGAGUGUCAAAAAGAAAAAGUUGACUUUUGGCCCAACCAAAAAAGACUGAUAGCAAACAGAACUUUUUUAAAUGCUAUGCACACACUUUUUGCCAAACUAUUUAUCGUCCAUACGGGUAUUGAUUUUUUUUUUUGUUUUACUAUCGUUGCAAAAGUGUUUUCAUCGAAAAAUGCGAAAUUCGGGUGUGUCCAAGUGGUAAUUUGAUGGAAAAUCGCGAAUUUCUGAGACAAAAUAUGCGUCUUGGUAGAGGUUAAGGCUUUGUACAUUUGUUAAAAAGUAGUCUAUUUCAUAAAAUCAGAGUUUGAAAUCAAGAUAACGGUAAAAAAAAACAUGCGGAUGUUGUAAUGAUUUCGAACUCUGGAUAAAAAGAAAAAAAACUGUACAUAAAUGUAAUUAUAAAAGGACGUUAGACGUUUCGAGAGAAAAAAGGCCAUUGAGUUAGGCCUUUGAAAACAAAAUUGCCUUCCCACACUUUUAUAUUAUCAGUGAUGAUAAUAAUAAUAAUAUUUUCAAUUUCCGUUGUAACUAUUUUAAUUGUAACUUUGGUGCGUGAAGCACUCGUGAUAAAUAAAUGCGGUUAUAAUUACGUAAUUACGUCGGUAAAGCAUUGUACAGAAGGUGUGAGAGUUGAUGAAAUAUUGUUGAUACUGAAAAACACCGAUCCUUUUCUUAACGAGCGUUUUUUUUCGAAAACGUUACUUUGCCAUUUUGUUAGUCUUUAAAGUACUUAGGACUUUUUACCGAAGAAUUGAAGAGUGUGAGAGUGAUGAUAAAGUGCAGUUAGUUGACUUGAUAAUAAAAUUGCUUUUUUUCAUAAA